AUGGGUGACAUCAACACGAAUUACAAUGAAACAGAGGACGAAUCGAUUGUUGGUUACAUAUCGAUCAAAGACUUUGCAUACGAUCAAUCAAAUCCAUUGCAUUUCGGAUUCUUCGAUAGUGUGAGUGAAGAAGGAGAUGGUGACAGUGAUGACAGGGAGACAAAAGAAGAGGAUAUUAACAAAAGACAAAGUAUAAUUCUACCAACAGAUUACAUCAUAAACCAUAAAGCAGUUGCACUUUUCGAUUUUUCGCCAGAGAACGAUAACGAACUGGAGUUGAAAGAGGGUGAUGUUGUUUACAUUAGUUAUAGGCAUGGUCAAGGCUGGUUGGUGGCCGAAAAUACCGGGCGCACAAAGACUGGCCUGGUGCCGGAAGAAUAUGUGUCUUUCCUGGAAGACGAUGAAGAUGACGACGAUAAUGGACCCGAGGAGCCUCGACCUUUUUAUCUGACUCGAAUGCUAGCUCAAAAUAUGGGUGCAAAGUUGGGUAAUGCAGGUGAUGACGACGAAUGGGAAGACAUUCACGACGUUGAAACAGAAGUGGCAGACAAGCUGAAAAUAUGA